CACCCGACGCUAUAAAAAAACGCCCCGAAACCCACCCAAAUCCACGCAAUUUUCGGCGUCACCGACCCGCCAGGUACCGGCCAGCCCAACCGACGCCCGCGCGCAUGCCGCCGCCCAGCCUGACCGCGCACGCGCGCGACCCCGCCGCCCCCACUCCGCGCCGGCGCAAGGAGAGCGCCAAGGUCCACCCCGUGGUGGCGGAGGCGAACGGCGCGGAGAGGAAGAUGGGCGCCGGGAAGUGGAGGAGGCCGGAGUGGUGCUCGGCGGCGGGCGCGGCGGGGGUGCUGCGGCGGCACCCGGCGCCGGCGCUGUUCGGGUGCGGGCUGCUGCUGUUCAUGGCCGUCGAGUACACCAUCCCCAUGGUCCCGCCCGCCGCGCCGCCGCUGGACCUCGGGUUCCUCGCCACCGCGGGGAUGCACGCCGCGGUGGCCGCGCGGCCCUGGCUCAACUCGCUCCUCGCCGCGCUCAACACGGUCUUCGUCGCGAUACAGGCGGCGUACAUCCUGUGGGCCAUCCUCGCCGAGGGCCGGCCGCGCGCCGCCGUCGCCGCGCUCAUGAUGUUCACCUGCCGGGGCCUGCUCGGCUGCGCCACGCAGCUGCCUUUGCCCGAGGAGUUCCUGGGGUCCGGAAUGGACUUCCCUGUGGGCAACGUCUCCUUCUUCCUCUUCUUCUCGGGCCACGUCGCGGGCGCGGUGAUCGCCGCCGCCGACAUGCGGCGCGAGGGGCGCCUGGCGCUGGCGCGGCUCUACGACGCGCUCAACGUGAUGCAGGGGGUCAGGCUGCUCGCGUGCAGGGGCCACUACACUAUCGACCUGGCCGUCGGCGUCGGCGCGGGGAUGCUCUUCGACACGCUCGCCGGCAGGUACUUCGACGGCAAGAACUUCGACAGCAAUGCGGCGGAGAGGCAUUGCCGCAGCUGCCAGUGCCACAAGGCUCUCCUCUCACAGUAGCUUAUUGAUACUCCCCCAAGUGCCAACCAUCAACGACCAAUUGGGCAUUAGUUCAAGUCAUUUUUUUACUUCUUUUAUGGAAUCAUUUUGAUGUAAGAGAACUCGAAUGCUACUUACGGAUAUGUAAUUGUACAAAUUGUUCAUCCCAUGUGA